GUAUUGUUGAAUGCAAUUCUAGAUGCAAAUGUGACAAACGUUGUGUCAACAGAGUUGCCCAGCUUGGUUUGAGGACACGGUUACAAGUCUUCAAGACAGAAAAAAAGUAAGUUUAUGUGAGGAAACCAAACUGCACCUUAUUUAAAGCCUUGUUUAAAUGUAGCAAAAUAUCAUUGUUGUUUUGGUUAAAGUACAAGCAACUUUUUGAUCCACUCUGUACUUUUACAGUAUUUUUAAUUUUUCGAGCAUCCUCUGUGACCAAAAAUAUACACAGUUGGGGGGUGUGGGUCUUUUUGCACAAGAUUUGAAACAUUUUUAUUUACAGUCUUAAACUAAAUUUAGCUGGGGCAAUCGGAUUUCUUUUCUGGGGUAUGGGGGGAUUUGAGGAUGUGCAGUCUAUCUGUUUCUAAUUUUAAAGACACAGUGGUUCUGUGACUGGCUCUAACUGUCCUUUAAAAACGCUUUUUUUGGAUUUAAGAUAUUGUUAGACUUUAAGAUAUAUAUAAAGUAUAAAGGUCUCAUCCCACAACAUGUUGUCUUCUCUUGUCAGAGGUUGGGGUCUACGCUGUCUGGAUGACAUUGCCAAGGGAAGUUUUAUAUGUAUAUAUGCAGGCCAGCUGCUUACUGACAAGGGUGCUAACGAGGUAAUGGCGCGUUGGAUCAAUUUUUUUUUUUUUUACUGUAAUAAAUUUCUUUUAAAAAUUAAACAUGAACAACCCUAACUUCUACUGCAGCACAAAUCUACCUAAAUAAUUAGUUUUGUUUAAUGAUUCUGAGGGCUUGUGCUAUUUAAAAAAUAUGUGCAGCACACAUGCAAAAAUCUAAAACUUCAAUUUAAAUGUGGAAUCAGUGGUAGAAGAUAGAUUUCAAACAUUUUAAGGUUUGUAUAAUGUUUAAAUGAAGAUUCUAUACACUUCAGAUUUGUAAUGAUGUUUAGAUAAAGAUUUAAGCACUUACUAUUUGUAUAAUGUUUAGAAUAUUUCCAUUAUAUCGACCUUCAGGAUGGUAAACAGUACGGUGAUGAGUACCUGGCUGAAUUGGACUUUAUUGAAGUGGUGGAACGACAGAAGGAGGGCUACGAAAGUGACAUCGAUAAUUUAGACUUCUCUGAUGACGAGACCGAUGUUAAUUACAAGGCUUCCAAAGACUCUGAGGACGACAGGUAUUUAAAAAAUGUCUUUUUCAGAUAAGCCGGUUUUUUUUUUUACAUUUGGCUUUUAAGAGUUUUCUCACGGCUUUGUUGUUGUUUCUUUCUUGUUUUACCGCCCCUGUGAGAGUAUUUGGCAUUGUCUGUUUCUCACUUUGGCGAGGGGCUUGGAGGUUAUGGCUUUAAAAAAAAAAACAAGAGGUAAGCAGGCGAAUACAUGAGCUGUGCUUCCAGUGUUUCUCAGAGAUCUUAUAACUGCAGAAUUAAGUUUUUACAUCUUCUGAUACAUCAACGGGCAGUGGGGCAUUUAUUGAUAUGAUUUUUAUGAAUAUAUAACUUGUGUUACGGGUUUCAAUUCGUUGAUGGAGGUUUUCUUGUAGCUGGAGGCUUUUAAUAUUAUGCAUUUGGAAUGUCAAGCAGAUUUGUAGUGUUUGUUAGACAUCUGAUUUCAUAGAAACAUCUGUCUGUGUUAGCCAGUAGGGUCAAGCAUGAUACGAUAAAUUCCAUUUUUUAAAAGACUUUUUGCACUGCCAAUGAACAUACUAAGUAAACUUAAAACUAUCCAUAUUAAAAAAAUACCACUUCCUAUAUUUGUUUAUAAAUUCGUUUAUUUGUAACAUUUUGUGGAUGUGUUAAUAAACUCAUUAAUUGUAGGUUUUUGUAUAUUUAUUUCUACCAUUUUUGUAUAAUGUAUUGUUUCCAGUGACUACAUGCAAGAGGGCAGCCCACCAGACAGUGCCAAUCAAAGGUAAGAUGGAGAUCGUGUUAACUUAGCAUGGCUUGAAUACCUUAGUGGUUGUUACACUUAUUUUUAUUUUGUAAAAGUAUUGUGAUGAAUAACAUUGUUUUGGCUAGGCAAUACAUCAUCCAGCUGGUUUAGUUUUCUUGAUUUUUAUUAAGUGCUUUAAAUAAGUACAAUUUUUUGGUCAAAUGCUUAAAUCCUCUUCAGAAGGCUGGGCCAAAAGACUGAUCCAUCAGCACAAUAAAGUGUCAAGAUUGGCUGGCUGGUCUUUGUACCAGCUAAUCAGAUUGUUUCUCGCAUUUAUUGCCCAUCUCACCAUGUUAAUUGUGGCUUGCAUUGAUAGAUUACGGUGUUCUGUCGUUUUAUAGCAAUUUUUUUUUUUUUGUACCAGUGACCCCUAUGAAUGCUUAACAAAUAUGUGAACUUCAAAUAUACAAAAAAGACAUAGGCAUCCCCAGUGGAAUAUUUUAUGCAGUUUUCACAUUGAAUCACAAUCAAAUGUUGUUUUUUUUAGGACUUACCUGAAAAAUUAACAUAAAGAAACGAAUUACUAACAGAAAUAAAAGAAAGAAUAUUGGCUGGAAACAUGGCAUAUUUCAGUUGUUAGAAAAUACUCAAGAGUAAAAAAAUUACAAGAAAAACCAAUAAAACUAUUUAUAAAACAGUAUUCAGACCAGUGGUAACAUAUGCAAGUGAAACUUGGACCCUAACAAAAACAGCAGAAACCCUAGUAAGCACAUGGGAGAGAAAAAUUAUUCAGAAAAUAUAUGGAACAACAAAGGAUGAAUAUGAAUAGACAAUAUGAACCAACUAGGAAUUGUAUGGUCUAUAUCAUGAUCCCUUGAUAGUAGCAGAAAUAAAAAAAAGGGUAGGCUACUCUGGGCAGGAAACUUAGAAAGAAUUCUCAAUAACAGAGGGUACAUGACCAAAACCCCAGAGAAAACAGAUAAAAGACAGACCUAGGCUUAGAGGGAUCAUGUGGACAAAGAUCUACAGCAGCUUGGAAUCAAAGCAUGGAAAAGAAAAGCAUUAGUUAGGUCUGAAUUGAAGGAAGUGGGGAGGCAUGUUAUGUCUCUACAUGGCCUGUAGCGCCACAGGGAUGGAUGGAAUACUUGUUUAUUCUAAGUGUAAAAAUAAUAAAUUGCAUACAUAAAUUAUGCAAAUCAGGGUGUCUCAUUUGCAUAAAUGUUAAGAUUUCAAUUUUAUUCAUAAGGAUCAUAAUAGUUCAUUCUUUACCCUACAAGUAUAUACAUAGUUUUAUAUUUCUAAUUAGUUCAUAUUUUAUUUUUAUUUUUUUUUAAGUAAGUGCAGAGCUUGUCGUCCUGGCACCGAUAGUCCAAAAAUGCUCCGUCUUAAAACGAUGGGAACAAAUUUUAACAUAUCAGUUUUAAGAAAAAAAUUAAUUUAAACAAUUAAGUAAUUUUAUUUUUUUUAAACUCCUCCAAAUCAUUGACAAAAAUGCAGUUCAUCAUGUGUAACACUUGGACCAGGCACACCCAACUAGAGAGAGUGUCUCAAAGUCUUUUGUAGCUAGCUGAUGUGUUGUAGUUAUAGUAGGCUAAUAAAGAAAGAAGUGUGUUGUUUCCAAGAACCACAUGAAUGAAUCACUUUGAAGUGUGCCCUAGACACCAGUGAUGCUACACAUUGGUUGGCCCUAAACAAACCUGUUUGUGUUGUUUGGAUCACUUUGAAGUGUGCCCUAGACACCAGUGUUGCUACACAUUGGUUGGCACUAAACAAACCUGUUUGUGUUGUUUGGAUUGCUUUGAAGUGUGCCCUAGACACCAGUGUUGCUUCACAUUGGUUGGCACUAAACAAACCUGUUUGUGUUGUUUGGAUUCUUUCAGGAGCCUGAGAAAGAGAAAAGCUGCAGCUGAAAAGUCAAAAGCUGAAAAGUCGAAAGCUGAAGCUGAAAAGUCGAAAGCUGACGAGGAUAGCACAAAGAAGUAAUUAUUUAAAUAGAAUACAUGGACUGACUUGUGGAUGGUACAACUGGUUUAAACACUUAAAUAUAUCCUACUGCACAAGUUAUUUGUUUAUAGACUAUUUAUUUUAUUUUUUUACAACAGUGUUUUAACAUACAUGUGUUACAUUAUUUGUUUUAACAGCUACAAUAUCUGUCAAAUUAAAUUUUGAAACGAGCAUUUCUUUUACUUUCUACGUUUUAGGCUCUCCCCCCCCCCCACCCCCCCCCUUUUUAAAAAAAUAUUUCCCUUCAAAUAAUUCUGAAUCCCUUUUUUUAAAGUUGAACUAAAAUAUUUUUAUUAGGUUAAGCUAUUUCAAGCUACUCCAUUGCUAUUCUCUUUUUUUUUUGUAUCUCUUAACAUGAAUGUACGCACCACAGAAUAAUGGAAGAGGCAUGUUUUAAUUUGAAAUGUUUUGCUUCCGUUUUUAUUGUGAUCUUUUCUUUCUUUCUACUCUAAGACAAAAAUUAUUUGGGGACACUAAAGAUUUUAAUUCAAAUAAUUUUUUAUUUCGCUUAUUGUCUUCUCAAGAAGGCAUUUAGCCAAAAAAUCCUUUUAAUUGUUCUCUCUCUUCGUUUCAAGCCUUAAUGUAUGCGCCCCCCCCCCCUUUCUUCCCCUAAUAUUAAACUAUUUCAGUCGCAUUUUGUACUAAAGUAGUGGAAAUUUCUUUGUUCCAUAAACAGAUCUGAGCCUACCACACAGGAGACCCAAGCGGAAGGUCCUAUCAGUAUAUCG